AUGUCCUCCUCGCUCCCCACAGGGUUUGUCCAUCUGCCGAUCAGCUCGGCGUUGACGUCGCUGUUCAUUGCCCAAAUGGCACCAAUACUGGCGUUUUGCCCUGUUCCAGAUGCAGUUCCAGAACGAGUCGCAGGUCAUCCUGUGCGUCACGCUGAUGGUGCUCAGCCUGAAGAAUCUGGAGCGCGUUUUUGGAAGCUUAAAGUUCUUGAGGAUCGUCUUGUUUCUCUACAUCUACAACGUUGUCGCCGUCGCAGUUCUCACGUGGACACUUUACACAUUUAUCGGCAUUAA